AUGGAUCCUGAAGAGAGGCUAUGUGCAGAUUUAUCAUUUCUUGAUCAUGGAAUGAGGAUUGAGCAAAAAAUCUCUGAUUUUAAUCCACCAGCUGAAACUCAAUCUUCCUUUGCCUGUAAUUUCGAUAACCAAGCUGGAAUCACCAGUCAAAAAGAUUAUCAGAUGAAUGUGGCUCAAGAAUCAAACAGAAUUCAAGAUUGGGAUCCAAGAAGUACGCUAAGCAGUCUUUCAUUCCUCGAGAAGAAGAUUCAUCACCUUCAGGAUUUGAUACAGUAUAUUACUGGCCGAAGAGGUCAAUUUACGGGUCAAUCAGAUGAACUCUUGGUUCAGCAGCAGAUGCUUAUCACUGCUGAUCUCACUUCGAUUAUAGUUCAAGUAAUGUCAACUGCUGGGAGUCUUCUUCCGUCUGUGGAUUGUAGUCAUGUAGCGAAUCCAUCACCAUCAGCCGGAGUUUCUCAAAAUGUUGUGCUCCCGGAGAAUUACAGUUUGAACAAGGUGGAAGAUCUAACAGGUUAUGAAAACUGUACUGUAGAAGAUCAUGAACUGAAAAGUGAAGAUGAUCCUGAUGAAGGAGAAAACCUACCACCGGGAUCAUACGAAAUUUUGCAACUUGAGAAGGAUGAAAUCCUUGCGCCCCACACCCAUUUUUGCACGAUAUGUGGAAAAGGAUUUAAGCGGGAUGCUAAUCUACGUAUGCACAUGAGAGGUCAUGGGGACGAGUACAAAACUCCGGCAGCUCUUGCAAAGCCAAACAAGGAAUCCGGCUCUGAGUCGAUUCUCGUGAAGAGAUAUUCAUGCCCUUUUGUCGGCUGCAAGCGGAACAAGGACCAUAAACGUUUUCAGCCUCUGAAGACGAUUUUGUGUAUGAAAAACCAUUACAAGAGGACGCAUUGCGACAAAACUUAUAUGUGCAGUCGAUGCAAUGUGAAGAAAUUCUCAGUCAUUGCUGAUCUCAAAACACACGAAAAGCAUUGUGGCAAAGAUAAAUGGCUGUGCUCUUGUGGGACAAGCUUCUCAAGGAAAGAUAAGCUUUUCGGUCAUAUUGCGCUUUUCCAAGGCCAUACUCCGGCUAUUCCUGUGGAUGAAGCUAAAGCCUCGGUCGGGCCAUCUGAUCAAGGACAAAUUAGUGAAGCAACGACCAAGAUUGAAUCAAAAGAUUUCAACUUUAAGUCAAAUGUUGUGGAAGUAAAAGGGUCUGGAAAUGAUCCUACAAACUGUUUCUCACCUUUAGACUUUGGUGACAGUAAUGCAGGCGAGUUUCAUGAAUUUCCUCGACCACCGUUUGAAGAUUCUGAGAGUUCAUUCUCUUUUCUAUUUUCGGGUUCAUGUGAUUACUCUUCGAAGAACGGAAGAUAUUGA